CCUCUGGACGGAGGGAGGGGAAGUGGCCAGAAGGGGAAGUGUGAGGAGUUCCCCUCCUGUCACCAGUGUCCUCGGGCCUUCGGAGUGGCGGCCCCGCAGUCCGGCCGCAUCCAUGGAACCUCUGGAGACCCCCGUCAAAGAUGGCAUCCUCUACCAGCAGCAUGUCAAGUUUGGCAAGAAGUGCUGGAGGAAAGUGUGGGCACUGCUGUACGCAGGAGGCCCAUCAGGCGUGGCCCGGCUAGAAAGCUGGGAGGUCCGCGACGGCGGCCCAGGGUCUGCCGGGGACAGGUCUGCACGGCGUGGGGAACGGCGGGUCAUCCGGCUGGCUGACUGUGUAUCUGUGCUACCUGCUGAUGGUGAGAGCUGCCCCCGUGACACUGGAGCCUUCCUGCUCACCACUACGGAGCGAAGUCACCUGCUGGCCGCUCAGCACCGCCAGGCCUGGAUGGGCCCCAUCUGCCAGCUGGCCUUCCCAGGCACAGGGGAAUACUCUUCAGCAUCAGGGGAGGCUGAAUCUCCUACCAGGGGUUUUGUCCCCAUGGAGGAAAACUCCAUCUAUUCUUCCUGGCAGGAAGUGGCCGAGUUUCCAGUGCUGGUGCAAAGGACAGAAGCCGCCACCCGCUGCCAGCUGAAGGGGCCCUACCUGCUGGCACUGGGUCAGGAUGCCAUCCUGCUGAAGGAGCCCUCCAGCCCGCAGGCCCUCUACACCUGGCCCUACCGCUUCCUGCGCAAGUUCGGCUCCGACAAGGGGGUGUUCUCUUUUGAAGCUGGCCGCCGCUGCGACUCAGGCGAGGGCUUCUUCGCCUUCAGCAGCCCCUGCGCCCCCGACCUCUGUGGCGCUGUGGCCGCAGCAAUUGCCCGGCAGCGAGAGCGGCUGUCGGAGAGCGCGGCCGCCCGGCCCUGCCCCCUGCCGCGAGCCACCCGCGCCAGCGGGCCGCCGGCCGCCGCCGAGCACCUCUAUGAGAACCUGUGCGCCAUGGAGGGCAGUCCCGAGGCCAGCAGCAUCUACCACAACAGCGAAGACCUGAGCUGGCCCGGCCCCGGCCCCGACGACAGCCUGGAGGCCCAGUACCGGCGGCUGCUUGAGUUGGAGCUGAGUGAGGCCGGCGAUGAGGCCGGGGCCAGCGUGCGCUCUGGCGCUCAGACGGGCUUCAAGGCCAAGCUGGUGACACUGCUGAGCCGGGACCGGAGGAAGGGGCCUGUCCCAUGUGACCGGCCCUGA